UACUACGAUCCCACGCCCCGCCCACAUGUCUGGAUUACUGUACCGCUGUGAGUGGCUCUGGAUCUCAGCGCUUCAGCUCUGCUGUUUAAAACACUGAGAUACGAGUUAAAAACACUAAGCCCAGAACUCAGCGCGGUCUCACCGCCUUCAGACCCGGAGUCUUCACCCACACAACCCGGGUAACCGAGCCGGACACCCCGAGGAGGACUUUUCUCCGCUGCCGGUCAGUCUGGGGCUGUUUUUACCCAGCAGGUCACAUCCAGCCCCAGAAACAAACAGCUCCAGCCGGCAGCCGCUGCUUCACUUCUGUCCCCGGAGCAACGCUGAGAGCCGGGCUGAGGGGAAGAAUGCUGGAGCUGGAGGAGUAACAGCUCCAAACUCCUGCCUUUAACCUUCACCGAGCAGCAGCAGGAGGAGGAGGAGGAGGAUUAAGCAGUUGUAGAGGCUUCGUAAUACUGAGUGGGAUGCGAGCAGACUGGUGCUGGGCUGAGCGUGAAGGAGCAUGGUGAAACACCAACCCUUACAGGUCUACGAGAGACAGCUGUGUUUGUCCUGCCUGACCGGGAUCUAUGGCUGCCGCUGGAAACGCUACCAGCGCUCCCAUGACGACAGCUCCAAGUGGGAGUGCUCCUGGUUCUUCAUCCUGUGCUCUUCAUUUCUGCUCCUCCUCGUCUGGUCCUACUUCUGGUUGGAGGCCCACAACGACUACAAUGAGUUUAACUGGUUGUUAUAUAACCGCUCGGGUGAGUGGAGUGACAGCACAGUCCCCAUCCUCACAACCACACUGGUGGGAUUCUCUUACACUGCAUUUUUAAUGAUCUUAGCCCUUUGCCAUAUUGCAUUGGGACAGCAGCUCAAUCUGUACUGGAUCCAUAAGAUUGGAGUUCUGGCUGUUCUUCUCACCACCAUCACUGGGGUGGUGUCCAUCGAUGACUUAUGGAGGGACGAAUGGGACAUUGUCCUCAUCUCUCUUCAGUCGACAGGACCAUUUCUCCACAUAGGAGCAGUGGCUGCAGUGACGGCCCUGGGGUGGCUAGUGGCCGGGCAGAUUCUGCGUGUAGAGCGAACGAGAUUUCAAGCACUGCUGCUUCUGCUGUAUAUCUGUGUUCUCCUGGUUCUCUAUCUGGCCCCUCUCACCAUCUCGUCCCCCUGCAUCAUGGACCGGGCCAACCUGAAGCCGAGACCUGCAGUCAUCGGCCGCAGAGGAGCACCGAUGCUCGCACCAGAGAACACCGGCAUGUCCUUCAACAAGGCCUUGCAGCAGAAGGUCAGCGCCUUCGAGACUGACGUCACUGUCAGUAUGGAUGGAGUACCCUUCCUAAUGCGGGACCGGACCCUGCGCCGGACCACCAACGUGGCCAGUGUCUUCCCCCAGCGGCAGCACGACGACGCCUCACUCUUCAACUGGACAGAAAUACGCUCUCUAAAUGCUGGCCUGUGGUUUCUGAGGGAUGACCCUUACUGGACUGUUCAGUUCAUGACUGGGAGGGACCGCAGUCGAGCUGGAAAUCAGACGGUGUGCAGCUUAGUGGAUCUGCUCCGGCUGGCAGCCAGGACCAACCGCACGGUCAUCUUCAGCCUGCGCAGACCACCACCCCAGCACCCCCGCUACCAGCUCUGGAUCAAAGACACCCUAAGGGCCGUCCAGCGCUCUGGCAUCCAGUCAGAACAGGUGAUGUGGACCCCAGACUGGUACAGGAAGACGGUUCGAGCUGCUGUGCCUCUGCUGCAGGCCACGUCCGGUGAAAAGCCUCCGGGAGAGGAGGUGAGGGAGAGGGGCACCCGCACCCUCAGCUUACACUACAGCCAAGCUACAGUACCGGAACUCAGGCGUCUCAGCAGCAGUAACGUGAGCCUGAACGUGUACCCGGUAAACGAGCCGUGGCUGUACUCGGUGCUGUGGUGCAGCGGGGUACAGUCCGUCUCCUCCGACGCCCCUCACAUCCUCCGCAAAGUGCCUCACCCCAUCUGGCUCAUGAGUCCAGAUGAGUACUGCUUGAUUUGGAUCACGUCUGAUCUAAUAUCUGCAGCAAUUAUCAUAGGAAUAUUCAUAUUCCAGAACUAUCACAUCAUCAGGUGGAAGAUGAGCGGGAUGAGGAGCUAUAACCCGGAGCAGAUCAUGCUCAGUGCCGUGGUGCGCAGGCCCAGCCGAGACGUCAACAUCAUGAAGGAGAAACUCAUCUUCUCAGAAAUAAACAAUGGAGUCAGCAGCACAGACGAGCUGUCCAUAUACACUGAACACGGAUAUGAGGGAUACACACGGGAUGGCAUUUCCCGUUGACGGGGGUGUUGUGUUAUUUUUUGUUGGAUUUUUUUUACUGGUGUGGUGGACCUUUACAGAUUUAAAGUCUGGACUGUUUGACAGGGUGGUCUUUUUUGGACUCGAGAAGCACUGGUGGGCUUUUUUCCUUUUUUGGACUGAUAGAUAUGCUGUCCGAUCUUAUCUGCUGGGUAUUCCAGAGGACCGGUGAAGGACUGAUCGGCGUGCUGCGCUCAUGUGAACUCAUGGCUUUUGGAAAGUUGAGCACAUUGUACACUUUUGUUGGUGUUUUAGGACUUCUGAAUCCAACUCGGUUCCAGCAGCACCAUUUAUUGUCCUUAGAUUGUCUUGUAUUGUAUGUUUUGUUUUGGGAACUGCACAUAAAACUGACUCCCAUUCCCUGGUGUUCCACCAAUGCAGCGAGUGCGUUCGCUGUGUGUUGAAUUUGUAUUGACUAUUUAUGGAACGGUCCUUCACUUUGAUGCCUUAUGUUCUGUUCUGUAUUAAAGUGUAUAUAAGAAGACAUUUUUUGACACAGCAGUAGUAUAUAAAUAUAAAUAUAUUUAGUGAGUUUAUGAUGGACGUUAAAAUAAAUAAAUAAAUAAAUACAA